AUGACCCAGGGCGGUGAUGCUGUGAGGGUGGAAGCACUCGAGGCAACCGUGUAUCCAAUCCACGUGCGGACGACGGCUGGGAGUGUGGUGUUCAACACUUGGGUGACCGAUGGGCCUCAGAUGGAUGAAAGGAUGCUGGCCAAUGUCGAGGCUGCUAUCCUCGUCUUUGCUGUCGACGCGCGAGACUCGUACAAGAACUUGCCUCAUUGGCAUCGGCAUGCCUACAACAGCGCUGGUAACAGUAUGCGGCUGCCAAUGGUGGUGUGCGGCAACAAGGUCGACGUCGUUGAACGGGUCGUUAAGCCCAAGCACAUCACUUUCCAUCGCAAAAAGAACUUGCAGUACUGCGAUGUGUCUGCAACCGGAGGCUACAACGUCGAACGGCCCCUUCUGUAUCUGAUCCGCACGCUCUCAGGCCAGCCAGACCUUGACCUUGCAGAGUAG